AUGACUAAGGCAAUUGAAUUACUCUAUAUAUUCGACAAAUACCUAACUACUCAAUUAGAGUCCAAUUCAUUUACUUCCAACCUCUUAAUAACACCCACCUCCAAGUUUAUUACUGAGAUUUUAGUGUUUAUUUUUCUUGGGUUAUUGAGCUAUGAAGUGAUAUACUGGAGUGGGAUAUAUUUGCAUUUAUGGGAUUAUCAUGCAAAGGACAUUUUCACUGAGGUUCCUAUUCAUUGUGCUCACCUCAAUGUAAGAUUGAACUUGGUUCAAAAGAAAAAAGAGCAUGCGCUAGUAGAUUACUACGAUUUGAAACAAAAGUACUAUCACAAUUUCAUAUACUGGAAAAGGUUAAACGAAAUUAGUAACGAAAUCUUUGAAAUGAAAAAGUUUGUCAAGUACUAUUUCGAGUUUAGCCCGGAAGAUUUUGAAAUGAACCAGGAACCAGAGUUUGGAUCAACUAUUAGUCAUUUGAGGUGCAAGGUUCUAGAUCUUUUCAAAAGCUCAGAACUAUUUGUCAAUUAUGAUAAGUCACAUUUGCAACCAAAAGAUGUUAAGCUUUUCAAUAAUCGAAACGAGGAAGUACCAUUGUCGCAAAAUGAUAAUUAUUUGAGCAAGACUAAUAUUGAAACUGGAAACACCAUAGAUGCAGUAAUUGUUAUUUGA